AUGGCAACACUCGCGAUGAUGGGGAGGCACAAUUCCAAGUUUCCGCCAGAGUCGCAAACACACACCAAACGGGUGACGCGCGAUGGUAGAGAACUCCACUACCAAAUGGUUGUUAUGCAACAGCCAGAACGUGCUAGAGCUUGUGGUGCUGGAGCCAAAUCCUCCGCCGACCGACGUCCUGUCGACCCGCCUCCCGUGGUGGAAUUACGCAUAUUCGAACGCGAAGGUAAUACUGAAAUACUGCAAGAUAUCACUUUCGCCUAUAAUGCAAACUUCUUCCUCUAUGCGACAUUGGAAAAUGCGCGGAACACGGCUCAUGGACGAAUGGCUGGACCCGCCUCAUGCCCUGUUUUGACCGGUGUACCAGUAGCUGGUGUUGCAUAUCUCGAUCGUCCAAUGCAAGCAGGAUAUUUCAUUUUCCCCGACUUAUCGGUACGACACGAGGGUCGAUACCGAUUAGCCUUCCAUUUGUACGAGGAGAUUAAGGAUGCGAAUGAUACUGACAAGGACUCGGACCUGCCACUUCCGAAUCAAGUCGCCAGUCCCAAUAUCACGAAGCCUGGCUCCCCACAAUCAUUCUUACACUUCCGUUUCGAAGUCAAAUCCCUCCCCUUUAUCGUCUACAGUGCGAAGAAGUUCCCUGGCCUAGCUACGAGCACUUCGUUGAGCAGGAUAAUCGCCGAGCAGGGAUGCCGUGUUCGCAUUCGUCGUGAUGUUCGGAUGAGACGCCGGGGCGACAAGCACGAUCCAGACUUCACUUACCACGAGGAGAGGAAUCCGGCGGUAUAUCCUCGGGCCAACCGAUUCUCAACACCUGAUCACUACGUGGCACAGUCCGUGGAACGUCCUCGAUCAAAUAGUCAUACCAGCACAGCGGAAUCACCAUACGGAUAUGGACCCGAAAUUCAACGGCGGUCGUCAGGUCAAGAUUAUGGCUUUGCUUGUCCACCACCUUACCAGCGACCAAUGCCACCCGCCAUAGCUCACGCCCCAACCCCAUCCUAUCAAUCACAUAUUUCCUUUGGCUCAACAUCAACUCAUUACCCUGCUGCUGCUCACAUGCCGCCCACUCCUCCACCUCCUGCUAUGUAUUCGCCUCAUACAGGCUAUGCUAAUAUUCGUCACCCAUCCAACGCUUCGGAGUACGAGAUGACUCCCGCUGGUUAUCCCAUGGGCCAGCAAAUCCAAAAUGGUUACCCCAAGAACAAUAUGAACCAAUACCGCGUGGAAGCAGCAAAGCCUAUACCCUAUUUGAUUCAAGAUCCCUCCCAAUAUCUGCCACCAGCCCAUAUGAUGCGCCAUGACCAGACACCGAAUAUGCCUCAUGCCGGAAUGAAAGCCUUGGCCAGUGAAUACGCCAAUGUGCAGCCAUCUAUCGAGAGUGUGCCGCCAAGCCCUGGAGGCUACGAUUCAUUCACAGGCAAGCGGAUGCUCUACCACACAGGGCCGAUUGGUACCAAGCGCACUCACGAAGAUUCUUUCGGAAUUGAUGACCGCUCCAUGCAGAACGGUAUGAGGCCAGAUACCGAGCCGAACCCAAAUGCAUACCGAGAUUUCUCCGCGGAGAGUCGUGCAGCCUUGAUGGCUGAGCUCGGCGUCGAGAUGGCAUAUAAACGUGCCAAUGGCAAGAUGGUCAUGAAGGCACCUCAUUAA